UCAGAGUACAGAGACUUGCCAUUGCAUGCCAUUGGAAGCCAUGCCAGCCGUCUAAGCACUUAUCAAGAGGAAUACACCCUGCAACGAGACUUCAUCCCACGGACCUUUCGCAUCUCGGACUUCAGCGCAGUCAUGGCGCCCAAAAACAUCACAAUCAAGCGGGCAUUGGCCAUUGCAUCUCAAAUACGAUCUUAUUCUGCGCCUGCAGACCGUGCGAUUCCUGCGGCCAAGCAGAAGUACGUGCCGGCAUCUGGGACCUAUCCGAAGGGCUUCCUCGCUGGCAGCGCUUUUGCAGGCGUGAAAGCCAGCAACACCAAAUACGAUGAUCUCGCACUGAUCGUCUCGGAGAAGCCAUGCGUCGCAGGAGCCGUCUUCACGCAAAAUGUGUUCAAAGCCGCUCCCGUGAAGGUGUCUCAAGGAAUCCUCGCGGAAAAGAAAGGCUCCGACAUUCGCGGUGUCGUGGUCAACUCUGGAUGUGCCAACGCCGUGACUGGAGGCCUUGGGAAUGACCAUGCUCGAGCCAUGGCUGCGGCGACUGAUCGCUGCUUUGGACACGAUAAUCCCGAGUCACUGCGAACUCUCGUGAUGAGCACCGGAGUCAUCGGCCAGAGACUGCCCAUUGACAAAAUUACAUCUGCCAUUCCCAAGCUUCACGAGUCGUUGGGAUCCACCCACGAGCACUGGCUUGCCGCAGCCCAGGCCAUCUGCACCACCGACACGUUCCCCAAGCUCAUAUCGCGGACCUUUACUCUUCCCAGUCAUCCGGAAACAACUUACAGCAUCGCUGGCAUGACCAAAGGUGCUGGUAUGAUUCACCCAAACAUGGCUACGCUGCUAGCUACCGUCUGUACAGACGUCGCCAUCGAUCCACAGUCCGUGCACAAGUUCCUCACCUCCGGCACGAACAAGUCUUUCAACUGCAUCUCGAUCGAUGGAGACACUUCCACCAACGAUACUCUCACGUUCUUCGCCAAUGGCGCAGCAGCGCCAGCUGAUUUUCAGCCUUUGAUACACGGCAAGCAGUCCAAGAAUGCCGAUGUCAUUGCUUUUCAAGCCGUCUUGGAUGACUUCUUGACGGAACUCGCACAAUUGGUGGUUCGAGACGGCGAAGGCGCCACCAAAUUCGUCACUAUCCGCGUACGAAGCGACAUAAAUUACAAAGCCGCCAAACGCGCGGCCGUGAGCGUUGCCUGCUCGUCGUUGGUCAAGACUGCACUCUACGGCAAAGAUGCCAAUUGGGGUCGGAUCCUAUGCGCUGUCGGAUAUGCCCCCGGGAUCAUGUCCAGCACAACAAUAAAUGCUGACAGGCUAGUCGAACCAUCGCGCACGAGUGUAAGCUUUAUUCCGAGCGAUGGCAGUGAAGAGCUGAGACUGCUGGUGCGUGGGGAGCCGCAAGAAGUCGACGAGGUGCGUGCGAAGCAGAUCUUGGAGAUGGAAGAUCUCGAGAUACUGGUGAGACUGGAAGAUGGUCCACCGGAAGAAGCAGUCUUCUGGACAUGCGAUUUCAGCCACGAGUACGUCACGAUCAAUGGUGACUACAGGACGUGA